AUGAUAAAACGAGCAGCAGCACUCGGAAUUAGAACCAAACAUCUGCUUCAAUCCUCAUCACAUACUGGUAUUUGGAAGCCGGUUCGGAACAGUGUUUGGAAUAAUAGAAUAUUGGAUUUAAGUCUGUUCUCUGAUACUACUGCGAAGAGACAUUUUUCAUAUCGCACUACUCCACAUAAAGCUGCUGAAAAUACGAUCACGUUUUCUGAUGAUUUAGAUAUUAAAUUCUCGUUUGAUUAUCGGAAUAUAUAUCCUAUCAUUCAUAAAGUAAAUGAGAGUAAUAUUCAGUUUGUAUUUGAUGCAUCAAAAAGACAACAUUUAUUGGACACUCUCGAAAUUGGAAUGAAAAUUUUGUUAUCGUCCAAUGCAGAAGAAAAGGUCUCACUGACUCAUCAUGCACAUUUUUUACCUUCCGACAAUGAUACACCCAAAGACAUUGCCACUAGGUCUAUAAGCAAUUCUCUUGACGAGGGAUUUGAAAAACAACUCUCAGAAUUACGAAACAAGUAUUUGAACGAAUUUUGUGGAGAGCAUUACAUGCCUGGACGGCCUGAAAAACCACUGUUAGUUGAGGACGCGAGACAGCUCCCAAAAAGCUACAAACAAGCCAAAGUUAGUUAUCCUAUACUUUUACUUCACAACAUGGCCCAUAUUGAGCUCAAUGCAAUAGACCUCUGUUGGCAUACGUUGAUCAUGUGCCUAUUGAACCCAAUUAUGGGAAAGUGUAGCAAUGUUUAUAACGAAUCUAGUGAAAUAGCAUUCCAUAGCACAGAAGAGUCUCAACUCCAUCUUUUUGAUUUUAUGAACGAUUUUAUUAAAAUUGCCAAAGAUGAGGCAAGACACUUUACCGACCUUUCCGAGAGAUUGAAUGCACUAGGUAGCUACUACGGUGCUGUGACGAGCCAUAAGGCUAUAUGGAAUUUGGCCCGAGACACUCAAUAUUCUCUCCUUGAGCGAGUGGUUAUUGGCAAUUGUGUAUUGGAGAGUAGAGGACUUGAUUCUGGAGAUCGCCACAUUUCCAAAAUGACAGGUUGUGGUGAUAUGAUUUCAUGUAAUAUUGUUCGAACAAUAUGCCAAGAGGAAGAAGAUCACGUACGAAUUGGAGUGAAAUGGUUCAACAACAUUUCACAAGUACUGUUUAAGAAUUUGGAGGGGAGUGUUGUUGAGCUGCCGUCAUCAUUCGAAAAUUUCCAAAAACAAUUAUUUCAACAAAUUGUUUUGAAGUAUUACGGCCCUCUUCCAGGUCCAUUCAACCACCAGGCCAGAACCGCUGCAAACAUGCAUAUGGAUUGGUAUGAAGAAAUUUCACGGGAAAAGAUUAUGAAAAAGUAG